AACCCUGAAUCCUUUCUUGCUGUCUUUGAUCUCUGCAAAAUCUGUCUAAAACCUGAAAUAACCCAAAAUGGGACUCCCAUCGUUCCCAAAUUUGGCUCCUCAACAGCAAUGAAACUUGCAUCGGCCUUUCUACGCACAAUCAAGCCCUCUCAUCGGUCCUUGAAGUCUCACCAUAAACCCUACUUAUCUCUGGAGGAGUUCACAAUUUCAAAUGAAGUCCUCUCCAUCGUCGACACUGUCAAUCCAAUGGAACCCGCCUUGGAGCCUCUCGUGCCAUUCCUUUCUCCAGAGAUUGUCACUUCCGUUAUCCGAGAACAGUCAAAUCCGCUACUGGGCUUUCGUUUCUUCAUCUGGGCAAUGCAGAGAAGGCGUUUGCGUAGCUGGGCUUUGGACAAUUUGCUCUGUGAGAUGCUUGGGAGAGAGAAUGGGUUUGAUUUGUAUUGGGAAGCUGUUGGGGAAGUGAAGAAGAGUGGGGUUCCAAUCGCACCCAAUGUGUUUACGCUGCUGAUUUCGGCGUAUGCGAGGGUGGGUCUGGCUGAGAAAGCUGUAGAGUCUUUUGGUAAGAUGAAGGAUUUUGAUUGCGAACCUGAUGUGUUCACUUACAAUAGGAUAGUGCUUCUUUCUUUUCGUAAAGAGGUGCUUUUGUUAGCAUUAGCAGUUUAUAAUCAGAUGUUGAAGGCUAAUUGUCAGCCUAAUCGGGUUACAUUUAGCAUAAUGAUUGAUGGGAUGUGUAAAAAUGGGAGAACUCAGGAUGCACUUAGGCUGUUUGAUGAAAUGACCGAGAGAGGUAUAAAUCCAAAUAGGUUUACCUAUACCAUAAUCGUUUCAGGUUUGUGUCAAGCAAAGAGGGCUGAUGAUGCGUUUAGGUUGUUUGUUAAGAUGAAGGAAACUGGGUGUUCACCUGAUGUUGUUGCUUACAAUGCUUUGCUUAAUGGGUUCUGUAAGUUAGGUAGGAUGGACGAAGCUGUUGCACUCUUUAAGUCUUUUAAGGAGGACGGAUUUGAACUUAACUUAAAUGGUUACAGCUGUCUAAUUGAUGGUUUGUUUAAAUCUGGAAGAUAUGAAGAAGUGAAUAAGUGGUACAGGAAAAUGUUAGAGGAUAAAGUUAAGCUUGAUGUUGUUGUGUACACAGUAAUGAUACGAGGAUUAUCAGAGGCAGGCAAAGUUAAUGAUGCAAUGCAAUUGUUGAGUGAGAUGACACAGAGAGGUCUGGUGCCAGAUGCCUAUUGUUAUAAUGCUUUGAUUAAAGGGUUCUGUGAUAUUGGUCUUUUGGAUAAUGCUAGGUCUCUUCAUCUUGAGAUUUCAAAACUUAAUGGCUUCCCUAAUGCCUGCACAUACACCAUUCUCAUUUGUGGUAUGUGCAGGAAAGGGCUGGUUGGGGAGGCAGAACAAAUGUUCAAUGAGAUGGAGAAACUUGGAUGUUUUCCUUCCGUUAUUACAUUUAAUUCUCUUAUUGAUGGACUUUGUAAGGCUGGUGAUCUGGAGAAAGCACGCCUUCUGUUGUACAAGAUGGAAAUAGGGAGAAAUCCUUCAUUGUUUCUUCGGCUGUCACAAGGCUCAAAUCGGGUUCUUAGCAGUUCAAGCCUACAAGAUAUGGUGCAGCGGCUUUGUGAGUCAGGAAGGAUUCUAAAGGCCUACAGGAUACUCAUGCAGCUAGCUGAUAGUGGAAAUGUGCCAGACAUUUUCACUUACAACAUUCUGAUCCAUGGUUUUUGCAAGGCUGGCAACAUUAAUGGUGCUUUGAAGCUCUUCGAAGAGCUGCAUCUGAAGGGGCUUUCUCCUGAUGCUAUAACAUAUGGAACUCUUAUCACUGGCCUUCUAAGAGUUGGCAGAGAAGAUGAUGCCUUUAGAAUCUUUGAUCAAAUGACAGAGCAUGGAUGCACCCCUUCCCCACAAGUUUAUAAUUCCCUUAUGACUUGGUCAUGCCGUAGAAAAAAGCCUGCAUUAGCUUUUAGUCUUUGGUUGAAGUAUCUGAGUAGCCUCUGUGGUCGAGAAGAUAAAGCAAUUAAACCUAUAAAAGAACAAUUUGAGAAGGGAGAAGUGGAAAAGGCAGUACGAGGCUUACUUGAGAUGGACUUCAAAUUAAAUGAUUUUAGAUUAGCACCUUACACCAUUUUGCUCAUUGGGUUGUGUCAGGCAGGAAGGGUAGAAGAAGCUAUAAAAAUCUUUGAUAUCCUUGAGGGAUGCAAGGUUAUUGUCACUCCCCCUAGUUGUGUGAAGUUGAUACAUGGUCUCUGCAGAGAUGGGGAUCUGGACCGGGCAGUAGAUAUAUUCCUUUACACACUAGAAAAAGGCUUCAAGUUGGCUCCGCGAAUCAUCAACUACCUGCUUAAGUGUCUUCUCCAUUCUAAAGGUAAAAGGAUAGAGGCAUUUGAUCUUAUAACCAGAAUGAAAUCUCAGGGCUACGAUUUGGAUGCAUACCAUAAUCAAACGAACAGGUCCCUUUUAAAUGGUCAUUUUGAUACGUUAGAAAUGGAAAAGGUCUCACCUGGAUGAAUUUUUCAUUCACUGAUUUGCUUUUUGUAUGUGAAAUUAACACUUUUUGUUUGGAUCGAGUUCAUUUUUUUAGAAUAACGGGAAGUGAGUCAUUGGGGAGGAUGGCAUAGAACCUUUUUUCAUGCAUCCUAAAAUUUUGUAAUUUGUACACCAAAUUAGUUUGUAAGAUUAUAAGUCUUCAUAGAAGGAUCAAAUGCCUAUCUACCUUGAAAUAAAAUACGGCUUACAAA